GCGAGAUCAAGUUGCAGACGAAGGAAGGCAAGGAACAGGCAGAUCUUGACAAACUAACACAAGCUGUUAAAAUGUCGGGCCGAUCCGUGCGAGCGGAGACGCGCAGCAGAGCCAAAGAUGACAUCAAAAAAGUCAUGGCGGCAAUUGAAAGAGUCCGUAGGUGGGAAAAGAAGUGGGUUACAGUGGGAGACACAUCUUUACGGAUAUUUAAAUGGGUCCCUGUUACAGAGACUAAAAAGAUUUACAAGUCUAAAGGGCCAGGUACUGCAGUGAGGGAAUUGAAAGGCUUUCCUACAGAUGUAGUGUUGGAAAAUGCCCGCUCUGUGCUACUGGAUUUUCAAGAUGACAACAGUAACCAGAGUUUCCUAUCAGAUGCCUAUCAGUCUAAUACAAAAGUGGACAGCAGUGGAAACUCCAGUCCACAGCAUGUCAGUGAGGCCGUGAGUCCGUCUCAUGCACCUUACUUCCGCACAGAGGACUCCCAACCACCCACCCUAGGACAAGAGACUAUGGAGGCUGAGAGAGAGACAUCAACCACCAGCAGUGAAGUCACAGAUGAGCCACCGACUCUCAUUAAAGAAGAUGUGUUGUCUCUAUCCGCUCAGGAGGAGGAUGAUGUUGUUGGAGCCCCACCGCUUAAAAGAGUUUGCACUGAACAAAACUCAGCUAUGAGUUAACCUCGCUAUGAUAAACCAUACUGGUCAAAAGUUUCAACAAAGAAGACUAAACUGCACAUUGAAAAGACAUUUCUACAGCUUUAUUUGAUCAAGAAACAAGCUCGAAUGUUUUGUUGUUGUUUUUAUGUCCUUCACAAGAUUUUACUCAGAUCUUUUUAGGUCUUUUCUAAUGAAGAUAAUGGAUUUUGUAUUGCACAUUGAAAAGAAAUUGUAAAAAAAAAUGCAUGAUGUCUAAAUAUAGAAUGAAAUUCAGAAGUGGAACACGCAUGUAAUGCAUGAAGUAAUGUUCAUACAUACAACUUAUCUUUUCACAUAUUCAAGAUUUCUUUUUAAAGUAAUCUGUUUUAUGUUUACAGUAUCUUCUAUUAGUAUUUAAAACAUUUUUUUGUAUUCAUACAUGGUAAUGCAUGCAAAUUAGGACACAUUUUUGUGUAAAACCCAACCUUUAUCUUAUUUAAUCCUCAUUCUUUUGUCAGUUUUUACUAAAAGAAAAGAAAUGCUUAUCUUUUUUUAUAAGGAAAGGUCACUUUUGUAUAACAAAUAUGAAGGUCUAGGCUUUCCAUAGUCUUUGAGGUAUUUUUCAAAUAAUAAAAAAGACAAUAAACAAGAUGUGUAUGAAUCAUAUAA